UUAACUUCCAGUUCCGCAUGUAAACAUUCUGUCUUUUCAGAGCGAGGUCUAAAUAUUUAAUAGUUUUCCGGCAUGGCCAUGCAGAUGUUGAGUGAUAAUAAAACCGCUGACGAUAAUGUGGACGAGGAGAAUUUUGGACCACAACCCUUAAGCAGGCUGGAGCAAUGUGGGAUCAGUGCGAACGACGUAAAGAAGUUGGAGGAAGCUGGGUUCCAUACAGUGGAGGCAGUUUCUUAUGCACCUAAGAAAGAGUUGCUGAAUAUUAAAGGAAUCAGUGAAGCUAAAGCUGAGAAAAUAUUGGCAGAGGCGGCUAAAUUGGUGCCAAUGGGGUUCACAACUGCCACAGAAUUCCAUCAGCGCAGAUCUGAGAUAAUCCAGAUCUCAACAGGGUCAAAAGAACUGGACAAGCUACUUCAAGGUGGAAUUGAAACAGGCUCAAUUACAGAAAUGUUUGGAGAGUUUCGCACUGGUAAAACACAGCUGUGCCAUACUCUGGCUGUUACCUGUCAGCUUCCGAUUGACCAAGGUGGCGGAGAGGGCAAAGCGAUGUAUGUUGACACAGAAGGGACCUUCCGGCCUGAGCGACUGCUUGCAGUUGCUGAAAGGUACGGGCUAUCCGGAAGUGAUGUUCUGGAUAAUGUAGCAUAUGCCCGGGCAUUCAACACAGACCACCAAACUCAACUAUUGUAUCAAGCAGCUGCUAUGAUGGCAGAGUCCAGAUAUGCAUUGCUAAUUGUAGACAGUGCCACAGCCCUGUACAGGACAGAUUACUCAGGCAGGGGAGAGCUGGCUGCCAGACAGAUGCACUUGGCCAGGUUUCUACGAAUGCUGCUUCGACUCGCAGAUGAGUUUGGUGUUGCUGUGGUGAUUACUAACCAGGUGGUGGCACAAGUGGACGGUGCCGCCAUGUUUGCUGCGGAUCCGAAGAAGCCGAUUGGAGGGAAUAUUAUUGCACAUGCUUCAACUACUAGGCUGUACUUGAGAAAAGGUCGAGGAGAAACCAGGAUCUGUAAGAUUUACGACUCCCCUUGCCUUCCGGAGGCAGAGGCAGUGUUUGCAAUUAAUCCGGACGGUGUUGGUGAUGCGAAAGAUUGAGCUUCAUGCUGCUGAAGCCUGUUGCAUGUGAAGAUGGAGACCCUAGAGCAACAAGUAAAAUCUAAACUUCAAUAAAAAAAAAAAACUACUUUCAUUUGUGUGUCAGUGUAAAUACACUAGAGAUAAUGGCCACUUUGCACUGUUGGAUGGUGCAUAACCAGCCUAAUUAUCUUUUAGUUAAAUGGCUUUGUUUUAUAUAAGGUGGCUUUAUUAGGAAAUAAGCCUAAUAAGCCAAAUGGUGAUUUUAAAAGAUUGAAAAAAUAAAAAAAGCAGUUUUGUAUUUUUGCAACAAGCAAGCCGUGGCUGUUUUUGGUUUUGCAAUGCAUUGAAGGAAAGGGAGGCAACGUGUAGCCAUGGGACAGUCCUUGAGAGGAGAUUCCACAAUAGUCAACACUGUGUAUGUAUGACGGGUGAGGGCAACAUGACUAACCCAAGGAUGGCUUUAUAACCUGCUUCACUCAAUAGACCUUGAUUGGAAACACUCACUAUAUCAAGUAACUUACAGUAAGGUGGAAAAGAGUGGAUAGGAAGGUAGUAAAAUGGCAUCUGAAAUCUUAAAGUAGAGCAGUGUUUAGACCAUUAGUUUUAGGGGUUUUUUAUGUAGUUUUAAAACAAAAGUACCAGUUUUAGUUCCAUUUGUGUUAGUCCCUGUCUUCUGUAACACUCUUCUGUAUAUAAUAUUUAAUAUGUAAACUAAUAAAAUAAACAU